GCCUCUGUGUGAGUAAGGGGCAGAAGUGGAACUGGAAGUGGGCUGGCUCCCAGACCCUGCCCUACCUCCCCAAGCUUCAUGUGUGGGGACCAGUGCUGUUCUCUGGACUUGGGCUUGGUGGGGAGGAGGCAGAGUGAGUGUGGUCUGGGGAGACUCACAUCUGCUUUGAACAGUCCCAGGACCUGCUGCUCUCAGGCCACCCUUCAGGGAGAGCAGAGCGAGGCCCUGGAGGGGCUGUCCCCCUUCCUGUGAGGCCAUCCAUCUGGGACCCGUGACCAGCAACACGGGGCCUGGGCUGGGUCACACCCUGUGCAUCUGUCCGUCCAGCACACUCUGAGGACUUUAUAAGCUGUCUGCACGGCUGGGGACCAUGGGAGGCAGCGCUGGGACCCUGACCCUCACUGCCCUUCUCUACCUUGGGCUGUGUCGGGGCCUAUGGGACCAGGCACGGGCAGGGACCCUCCCCAAACCCUCCAUCUGGGCUGAUCCUGGCCCCAUGGUCGCCAAGGGGAGCCCUGUGACCAUCUGGUGUCAGGCGUCUCUGCGGGCUGAUGUCUACUAUCUGUAUAAAGAGAGAGUCUAUGAAUCCUUGUCCAUGAAGACCUCAGAGGAUUCCAGCGAUAGGGUCAGUUUCUCCUUUGCAUCCAUGAGCUCACACAGUUCAGGGCGAUACCAGUGUGCAUAUCAGAGAGGGAAGAGCUGGUCACAGCAGAGUGACCUCCUGGCCCUGGUGGUGACAGGAAUGUAUAAUGCACCCUCCCUCUCAGCCAACCCAGCCCUUGUGGUGGCCUCGGGAGGGAAUGUGUCCCUCUCCUGUAGCUCACUGUGGCCAUCGGGGUCAUUCCACCUGCUGAAGGAGCGGGGAGCUGAUGUGACCCAAUACCUGGAAUUGACGUUCCGUCGUGAGACGUACCAGGCAGUCUUCCUUGUGGGCCCUGUGAACACCUCCCAUGGGGGGAUCUACAGAUGCUACACUUCUUACAAAUCGUACCCAUAUUUGUGGUCACGGCCCAGUGACCCUCUGCACCUUCAGGUCACAGGUGUCUACAGAGAGCCCUCCCUCUCAGCCCAGCCGGGAUCCCUGCUGCAGUCUGGAGACAGCCUGACCCUCCAGUGUCGCUCAGAGACUGGCUUUGACAGAUUCGCUCUGACCAAGGAUGAGGAGCUCAGAGCUCCCCAGCGUCUAGAUGGGCAACCCAGCCCCAACUUCACCCUGGGCCCUGUGAGCUCCACGCACGGGGGGGGCCGAUACAGUUGUUACUGUGGACACAAGCUCUCCUCCACGUGGUCGGCACCCAGUGCCCCUCUGGAUGUCCUGAUCACAGGAAUGUAUGAGAAACCGUCCCUCUCAGCCAAGCCGGGGCCUUCAGUGUCCUGGGGUGAGAACGUGACUCUGCAGUGUCGCUCUGAGAUCUGGUUGGAUACCUUCCACCUGUCCAAGGAGGGGUCCCUGGCUCCUCCCCAGGUCCUUCGUCUGCAGGACACAGCGAAACCUUACCAGGUCAAGUUCACCCUGAGUCCUGUGACCUCAGCCCACGGGGGUACCUACAGGUGCUACGGCUCAUCCAGCACCUCCCCCUACCUGUUGUCCCAGCCCAGUGACCCCCUGGAGCUCCUGGUCUCAGGUCCCCACUGGUACCUGUACGUCCUCAUCGGGGUCUCAGUGGCCUUCGUCCUGCUGCUCAGCCUCCUCGUCCUCCUCCUGGUCCGACACCGGCGUCGGAGCGAAGGCAGGAAGCCAGCAGCGUCAGCGAAGGUGUCUGAGGACAGAGGCCUGCACGGGAGGUCUGGUCCGGCUGCCACUGCCCAGGAGGAGUCCUUGUAUGAGGUCAUGAAAGACACACAGCCUGAGGAGGACACACAGCUGGACAGCCAGUUCCAGGCUGCAGUAUCUGAAGACCCUCAAGAUGUGACCUACGCCCAGCUGGACUACUUGACCCUCACACAGGAGACAAGUACACCCCCUUCCCCCCAACCAGGGGAACCCCCAGACGAGCCCAACGUGUAUGCUUCUCUGGCCAUCCGCUAGCCCGGGAAAGACCCAUACGGCCACUCCAGGGGUCUGGAAGGCUCCCUGCACGGAUCCUGGAAGGCACAGGAGCUGCCCACAGUGCGUGCUACCUGAAGAGCCUGGAGGCAGGACAGACCACCAUCAACUCCUGGGACCUCGUGGAAGUUGAUUGCUUCCUGAAUUCCCAUCAUGGCACAGCUGAUCUCACUGUGCCUAGAAGGAUCCCCGAGAAACGCCAAGACCUUUAAUCACCAAGUGGCAACCUUGUGGUGUCGGGGGGAACCUAGCACUAAGCUGCAAGAACUAGGGACCUUCUGAAGGCUUUGCAGGACCCAGGGCCAUCACACUGAAGCUGGGCACUUUCAACUGACCUCAAAGCCCAAGGCCUCAGAUGACUCGUGAGCAAUGCUGCAGCCCAUGAGGGGUUGCUCAAUGCCAAGGGCUUCCGGUUUCCCGGAGACCAAGCCCCUUCUCUGCCGGGUACAGCUCUCAACAAGGCAUAGAAAAGGGAAGCUGCUCUCCCUCCUGACCUUGUGUUCACAAACUCCAGAAGCAGGGGGAGGGGAGCAGGGUGCCUCAGCUCUCCCUUCCCAACCACACCAAUAAGCUUUAAACCAGCUUGUUCAGUGCUCCCCAACAAACCCCAAUUCAACUAGUUCAUCCUUACCUCCAACCCAAGGUUCAGCAUUUAGCUCCUGCCAACCUUAACCCUGACUUCUUUUUGCCAGGGUCAAGGUUCAAAGGGCUAGAGACACUUGGCUGACCCUCCACUUGCUACUUCCUCUGCCUGGAAAGGAAUCUCCCCACCCCCAUGCCAAUAGCUGGCUUGAGCAUUUCCCCUAACACUGGUGUCCCCGCUGAAGUAACUGGUGUAUGUUUGUGCUGCUCACGACUGCACCCCUGCCCCAGGCAGCAAGGACACCAGCUGGGAGGCUCCCCAGGCCCCUCUAAGCAGGCAAGGCUCAGAGGUGUGAACUAGCUGGACGGAACCUGGUCAAGGAUCCAGCCUGUGCCUCUUCCCACCAGAGGCUGUUCAGAGCGGGGAGGGAGACAUACACACCAAUAAACACCAGUUCCAAAGG